AUGACGGGGAAAGCGGGGGAAGCGCUGAGCAAGCCCAAAUCCGAGACUGUGGCCAAGAGUACCUCAGGGGGCGCCCCGGCCAGGUGCACCGGGUUCGGCAUCCAGGAGAUCCUGGGCUUAAACAAGGAGCCCCCCAGCUCCCACCCGCGGGCUGCCCUCGACAGCCUGGCCCCCGGGCACUUGCUGGCGGCGCGCUCCGUGCUCAGCCCCGCAGGAGUGGGCGGCAUGGGGCUGCUGGGGCCCGGGGGGCUCCCCGGCUUCUAUGCGCAGCCCACCUUCCUAGAAGUGCUGUCCGACCCGCAGAACGUCCACUUGCAGCCACUGGGCAGAGCGUCGGGGCCGCUGGACACCAGCCAGACGGCCAGCUCGGAUUCUGAAGAUGUCUCCUCCAGCGACCGAAAAAUGUCCAAGUCGGCUUUAAGCCAGACCAAGAAACGGAAGAAGCGGCGACACAGGACAAUCUUUACCUCCUACCAGCUAGAGGAGCUGGAGAAGGCCUUCAACGAGGCUCACUACCCAGACGUCUAUGCCCGGGAGAUGCUGGCCAUGAAAACGGAGCUGCCGGAAGACAGGAUACAGGUCUGGUUCCAGAACCGCAGAGCCAAGUGGAGGAAGCGGGAGAAGUGCUGGGGCCGCAGCAGCGUGAUGGCGGAAUACGGGCUCUAUGGGGCCAUGGUGCGGCACUCCAUCCCUCUACCUGAGUCUAUCCUCAAGUCUGCUAAGGACGGCAUCAUGGACUCCUGUGCCCCAUGGCUGCUGGGGAUGCACAAAAAGUCGCUGGAGGCAGCAGCCGAGUCGGGGAGGAAGCCCGAAGUGGAACGCCAGGCCCUGCCCAAGCUUGACAAGAUGGAGCCGGAGGAGCGGGGCCCUGACCCUCAGGUGGCCAUCUCCCAGGAGGAACUGAGGGAGAACAGCAUUGCAGCACUCCGAGCCAAAGCUCAGGAGCACAGCACCAAAGUGCUGGGGACUGUGUCUGUGCCGGACAGCCUGGCCCAGAAUGCUGAGAAGCCAGAGGAAGAGGCGGCCGCGGAUGAGGACAGGCCGCCGGAGAAGCUGAGUCCACCGCAGCUCGAGGACAUGGCUUAG